CGGAGCAUGAGCGCCCGCCACCGCCAGGAUGGUCGGCAAGAAGGGGGAGCCCAAAAAGGAGGCGGAUGGCAAGGGCAAGGGGGGCAAAGGGAAAGGGAAGGAUGGCAAGAAGGGCAAGAAGGAGGCGCUCGAGGAGGCGGAGGAGACGUCGGACGCGGAGCUGCUGAAGGCGGAGGAGAGCGAGGAGCCCGAGGUGGUGGAGGAGGAGAAGGAAGAGGAGGAGGUCGCUGCCGAGGAGCCCAAGAAGGCGAAAGGGAAGGAGAAGAAGGGGGUGCUCAAGGCGGUGGUGGCCAAGAAGCCGGGCCGGGGGAAGAAGGUGCAGCUGGAGACGGAGGAGGAGGAAGGCGAGAGCGAUGCCGCACCAGCCAAGAACGUCAAGGGCACCUCCAAGCUGGCGAUGGGGCUGGCGGCCGACAUCACCAAGAAGAAGAAAGGGGCCAAGGGCGCGGAGGCCAAGGGCCAGACAAAAGCAUCCACUGCGGCGUCCGGCCCGGCCGAAGACGAGGAGGUGGCGGCAGAGGCACCGAAGGCCCGGGCGAAGCGGAGCCUCCGCAGCACCUCCAAGCUCUUCCUGGGCUUCAAGAAGCUGGGGCUGCGUCGGCCCAAGAAGGGGCAGUUCAAGAACACCUCCCGCUUCUUCUGGGGGCUGCAGAAGCACAGCACCAAGAGGAAGAAGAAGAAGAAGAACAAGGCCGUGCUCAAGUCCACCUCCAACCUCAUGGUGCGCUUCAAGCACGUGGGCAAGAAGAGGAAGGAGGCGGAUGCUGCCGCCGCCGCUGCCACCACCGCUGCCGCCGCCGCCACCUCCCCGCCGGCAAAACCAUCCUUCCUGCUGCUGCGCCGGGCAGGGCAGGCGGCCGAGGACGGCGCGUCCCUCUUCCGCCGGCGCCCGGAAAGGAAAUUCAAGCCCCGGGCGCAGGUGCUGAGCAAGGCGGCCGCCGCCACGGGCUGGCUGGCCAGGAAGCUGCUCUCGCGGCGCGGGCGGCUGGCGGGGGGCGGCCGGGCGGCCGACACGGCCUGGCUGUCCCGCAUCGGUGCCAAGAAGCUGCCGUUCCCCGCGGAAGACGAGAUCCUCAGGCACCGAGCCAACAUGAGGCGGCUCCCGGCCGGCAGCGGGCCGGCAGCCCCCGGCGCCGCGCGGCACGGCCAGGAGCGGCUCGGCAGCAUGGUGCGGCGCCCGGCACGGCGCAGAUCGCAGCGCGCGCCCCCGGAGACGCCGGUGCCGAGCUACGGCUGGGCACGGGAGGAGCAGGAUGGGGCCUACGGGCGCCGGCACGGGUACACCAAGGAGGUGCAGGAUGGGGCCUACGGGCGGCGGCUGAGCUACGCCAAGGAGGAGGAAGAUGGAGCCUACGGCCGCCGGCGUGGCUAUGCUGAGGAGGAGGAGGAGGAUGGGCCCUACGGCCUCCAGCGUGGUUAUACCGAGGAGGAGGAGGAGGAGGAAGGCUACAUCCGAUCACCAACCCCAGCCUACCCGGCGGGGUAUGGCUUUGAGGAGGUGGCGCCCAGCCGUUACGUCGAGUACCCCGGCUACGAGGCGGAGGAGGAGUACGGUUUCUACGGGGGGGGCUGGGAUGAGGACGAGCCCCUGGAGCAGCCCUACGGCUACGCAGAGGACGAGGACUACGAGCCGUACGGCGACAGGACCCCGCUCCGCCUCCACGACCCUUACAGCAGCGACCUGGAGUACGGCGAGGAGGCAGCGGGGCCCUUCGGCUACGGGGGGGACCCGUACGAGGACUUCGGGGACCCCCUCGGCCCCGUGGCAGGCGGCGGGGGGUACCUGGGGGAUGAGUACCCCGAGCACCGCAUCCAGUACAGCGAGGGCGGGUGGGCGCCGCACGCCCAGUCCUCCUGCAACCCCUACGCCCUGCCCCUGGACGAGAUCGCCGAGGCCGAGGAGCCGGAGGAGUGGGAGGAGGAGGAGGAGAGGGAUUAUCCCUUCUCCAUCCUCAGCACCUCCUCGCUCAAGGGCAUGCGGGACACGCUGUCCUCCAAGCUCUCCCUCAACAGGAAAUUCAGGCUCUUCCCCCGGCCUCAGGUGAAGAUUUUUGGCAGGGACCGCCUGGACAUCUCCCUCCCGCCGUCCCCGCACCGCGACGAGGAUGACUACGACGAGUACGAGCCGCCGCCGGCUGCCGGUGGCUCCGCGGGACGCCGGGGGGGCCGGGUCUCGGCGGCGCGGGCGUGCGGGAGCCCCCUGGGGCAGUUCCUGCAGCGCUCCCUCUCGCAGCCCCAGCCCCUGCUCCAGCCCCCCGGCCGCCCCCUACGGGGUGCAGGAGCCCCCCGAGACCGUGGUGCCCCCCAGCCUUCCUACAGGCGCUUCAGCCGCAGGCUGGCGGGGUUGGAGAGCGCUGGGUCGGUGCGGGCAGGGGGCGGCCGGGACCCCCUGCCACGAGAUCCGGGGGCUUUGCGGCCGCCCUCGCUCCGUAACCCCUUUGCCAACCCCGGGGGCUCCCCCCCGCCAGCCCGGGAGCACCCCGGCAGCGUGCGGGGCGAGGGCGCGCGGCGUUCCCCAUCGCUCGGCGCCAGCCUCCGCCGGCUCAGCCCCGAGCCCCCCGCCGUGCCACGGGCACCCCCAAACACUGCGAUGUCGGGGCCGGGGUCACAGCGUUUGGGGGUGCCCGUGGCGGGGUCGGGGAGACCCCUGUCCCCGCGGCCGUCACGGCGGAGCGGCCCCCCCGGGGUGACAGCCCCCGGAUGGCUCCCCCAAGCCUGGCCCCGCCAGCCUGAGCCCCCCACCAAGGCCGUGAAGCCGCUGCUGAGGACCCCCUUCCUCCCACCAUCCUCGCGCCCUGGCAGCCACCGGCUCGGCCCGCCCAGCCCCUCCUGGGACGAGGGACCCAGCAUGGAGCUGCCCCCCUGGCAGGGCACCCCCCCACCUCCCAGCCCUGCGCCUGGGCCCCCCAGAUCUUUCCUCCAGCGCAUCGGGCAGCCCCUGGCCGGCAUGGCCCCGCAGUCACAGCCAGCAAGGCCACCUCCUGCCAGAACGGGGGGCCGCAGCCUGUCCCCGGGACGGAUCCGGCACAUGGGGCAGUCCCUGGCAUCGCUGCUGGUGGGGAGCAUGGCCCCCACCCAAGCCCCCCCAUCCCCACCGCCUGCUCGCCGUCCCCUGUCCCACUCGCCCUCCCCGCCGAGGCGCGCGUCCUGGCGGGACGGGGGCACCCCCGGAUCUCCAACCCCAAACGUGCGGUGCCCGCUGCCCCCCUCCGCCCCCAGCACCCGCCGCAGCCCCUCGCCCCGCGGCCGUGCCCCGGGCUCUCCGUCCGCCCUCCGCCGCAGCACCCGUGCCCCCGAGCCUCCGGAGAGCGAGGCUGCGGCCGGGGAGGACGGCGCGGGGCGCUACGCCGUGGUGACGCCGCAGAUCCAGAGGCUGGGCUCCUUCCGGAGGGCGUCCCGCAUGUACAAGCAGCACUGGUCCAAGCAGCACGUCGUGCGGGUGCGGGAGAUGCCCGACGCCUGGACGGCCGAGCAGGGAUACCCCCGGCGCCCUGCCGAGCGCGGCCGGCAGCGGGCGAGCCAGCGGGGAGCCGACAUCGCCCGGUACCUGAGCCAGCGCUCGCCGGCGGGCGGCUGGAGGGAGAGGAACCCCUGGGCGGACGGGUACCUGGGCACCAAGCAGCCCUGGCGCAGCAAGAUGCAGUCGCUGUGCAGCCUGCCCAUCGUGCGCUACCAGGAGCCGCAGGAGGAGGACGGGCUGGAGGACCUGACCCAGCUGGAGGACCUGCAGGAAGCCGCGGUGCUGAGCAACAUCCGGACACGGUUCGAGCGCCAGCUCAUCUACACGUACAUCGGCAGCAUCCUGGUGUCGGUGAACCCCUACCGGCUGUACAACAUCUACGGGACGGAGCAGGUGCUGCAGUACGAGGGCAGGGCGCUGGGCGAGAACCCCCCGCACCUCUUUGCGAUCGCGAACGUCGCCUACUCUAAAGUGAUGGAUGCCAAACACAACCAGUGCAUCGUCAUCAGCGGGGAGAGCGGCUCGGGGAAGACCGAGGCCACCAAGCUGAUCCUGCGCUACCUGGCAGCCGUCAGCCAGAAGCGCAGCACCGCACAGCAGGUGGGUAUCCUGGAGGCGACCCCCUUGCUGGAAUCCUUCGGCAACGCCAAAACCGUGAGGAACGACAAUUCCAGCAGGUUUGGGAAAUUUGUGGAAAUCUUUCUGGAGGACGGUUUGAUCUGCGGCGCCAUCACCUCGCAGUACCUGCUGGAGAAAUCCCGCGUGGUCUUCCAGGCCAAGAGCGAGCGCAACUACCACAUCUUCUACGAGAUGCUGGCGGGGCUGCCCGCACAGCAGCGGCAGCGCUACUGCCUGCAGGGCGCCGAGACCUACUACUACCUGAACCAGGGUGGGAACUGCGAGAUCCCCGGCAAGGACGACGCGGAGGAUUUCCGACGGCUGCUCAGCACCAUGGAGGUGCUGGGCUUCAGCGUGGAUGAGCAGAACAGCAUCUUCCGCAUCCUCUCCUCCGUCCUCCACCUGGGCAACGUCUACUUCGAGAAAUACGAGACCGACUGCCAGGAGAUCGCCACGGUGGUGAGCGCCACGGAGAUCCGGACGGUGGCGGAGCUGCUGCAGGUGUCCCCCGAGGGGCUGCAGAAAGCCAUCACCUUCAAGGUGACGGAAACGCUGCGGGAGAAGAUUUUCACCCCGCUGACCGUCGAAAGCGCCGUGGAUGCCAGGGAUGCCAUCGCCAAGACCCUGUACGCCCUGCUCUUCGGCUGGCUCACCGACCGCAUCAACAAGCUGGUGUACCCGCGGCAGGACGCCCUCUCCAUCGCCAUCCUCGACAUCUACGGCUUCGAGGAUCUCAACUUCAACAGCUUCGAGCAGCUGUGCAUCAACUACGCCAACGAGUACCUGCAGUUCUUCUUCAACAAGAUCGUCUUCCAGGAGGAGCAGGAGGAGUACCUGCGGGAGCAGAUCGAGUGGAAGGAAAUCCCCUUCAGCGACAACCAGCCCUGCAUCGACCUCAUCUCCCAAAAACCCUACGGCAUCCUCCGCAUCCUGGACGACCAGAGCUGCUUCCCCCAGGCCACGGACCACACGUUCCUGCAGAAGUGUCACUACCACCACGGCACCAACCCGCUGUACACCAAGCCGAAGAUGCCUCUGCCCGAGUUCACCAUCAAGCACUACGCGGGGAAGGUGACCUACCAGGUGCACAAGUUUUUGGAUAAGAACUACGACCAGGUCCGCCAGGACGUGCUGGACCUGUUCCUCAGCAGCAGGACCAAGGUGGUGGCCAACCUCUUCUUCGGCCAUGCCCAGGUGCUGGCCCGGCAGCGGAGCCUGGUGAGGAGGAGCAGCACCAGGACGCGGCGCUACAAGGCUCCCACCGUGGCCGCCUGCUUCCAGCAGUCGCUGCUCGAGCUGGUGGAGAAGAUGGAGAGGUGCAACCCCUUCUUCGUGCGCUGCCUCAAACCCAACAACAAGAAGGAGCCGGGGCUCUUCGAGGCCGACGUGGUCAGCAGCCAGCUGCGCUACUCGGGCAUCCUGGAGACCAUCCGCAUCCGCAAGGAGGGCUUCCCCAUCCGCAUCCCCUUCCUCGUCUUCAUCGACAGGUACCGCUGCCUGGUCGACAUGUGGUCCAACGUGGUUCCCAACGGGGCCAACUGCGUGGAGAUGCUGAGGAACCUCUGCCCUGUCAGCCCCAGCAUGUACUACGUCGGCGUCACCAAGCUCUUCCUGAAGGAGCAGCUCUACCAGGCGCUGGAGAGCAAGCGAGCCCGUGCGCACCACCUGGCCGCGCUCACGCUGCAGCGCUACGCCCGCACCUUCUUCAUCAAGCGGCGAUUCCGCUCGCUGCGCCGCAAGAUCGUCCUGCUGCAGAGCCGGGCGCGAGGCUACCUGGCCAGGCAGCGGUACCGGCGCAUGAGGCACACGCUCAUCAAGUUCAGGUCGCUGGUGCACAUCUACGUGAACCGCCGGCGGUACCUCAAGAGGAAGGAGGACGCCCGCCGGCGAGCGGAGGAGGAGAAGGAGAGGAUGAAGCAGGAGCUGACGAGGAGGGAGGUGGUGGACGUGACGCACCUGGAGAUCCCCGCAGAGCUGAUGGGGCUGCUGGAGGCCGCGGCGGCCGCCCGGGAGGUGAACGCCGGCUGCGUGGUCCUGGUGCCGCCCCCGGCGCUGCAGCCCGACUCCCAGCUCACCCUCCCGCUCGACAUCAACGACUACCCCAUGGCCAAGUACGUGCGGGGCCACUUCCAGGAGCCGGCUUUCGGGAUGCUGACGGCCCCGCUGGCAGCUCCGCUCACCCGGCUGGACGAGGAGCUGUGCCACGAGGCGCUCGGCCUCUUCAAGCUGAUCCUGCGCUUCAUGGGCGACCCGGGGCUGGGCGGCUCGCAGGAGACCCUCUUUGGCAACUACAUCGUGCAGAAGGGGCUGGCGGCGCCGGGGCUGCGGGACGAGCUGCUGGCACAAGCCGCCAACCAGGUCUGGCGCAACACCAACGUCAACAACGAGGAGCGGGGCUGGCUGCUGCUGGCCGCCUGCCUCAGCGCCUUCCCCCCCUCGGCCGCCUUCGACAAGUACCUGCUCAAGUUUGUCUCCGACUACGCCUUUGCCGGCUACAAGCCGGUGUGCCAGCGCAAGCUGAUGCACGCCAUGGCGCGGUCCCAGCUGGGCGCCGCGGCCGCCCGCGCCUACCCGCCCUCGCUGCUGGAGUGGACGGCGAACCGGCGGCAAGCCAGCAUGGCCCUGCAGCUCUUCUGCUUCAACGGCGACGCGUUCUCCUGCCCCGUGCACUCCUGGAGCACCGGCGAGGACCUGGCCGGGGAUGUCCUGAAGCACAGGGGGCUGGCGGAGGGCUGGCGGGGCUGGUCCGUGGCCAUGAAGGCGGGCGCCCAGUGGGCCGAGCUGGCCGGCCACGACUACGUCCUGGACCUCAUCUCCGACCUGGAGCUGCUGCAGGGCUUCCCCAAGCAGAAGUCGUGCUUCCUCAUCGCCUGGGAAGGCGCGGGGAGCCGCGGCCGUGCCAGCCAGGCGGCGCAGGGGCACGGCGGCGUGGAUUUGGACGAGGUGCCUCCUCCUCCGGCCGUCAGAGCGCCCACGCUGCCCUCGCUGGCGGAGGCGGAGGGGUACCCGCCGCACGACUCCGACUUCGGGGAGCCGCGCACCCAGAAGGGUUUGGACCGGUACCUGGACAGCCUCUUCGACCCGGUGCUGUCCUACGGCAACGGGGAGCUGGAGAAGCCGGCUGCCCUCGUGCAGAGGAUGAAGGGAGGCGGGGGCACAGGAGGAGGGGAGGGAGGCGGUGAUGCCAAGCAGACCAGAGCCGCUGCGCCUGCAGAGCCGCGGCAGCUGAGGGCAGCGGAGCCAGCCCCGUCCCCGCAGCGCUGGGCGGACCCCAACCCACCAGGACCCCCGGGCAGAGCAGCGGAGGGGUCGCCCACCCGCGUCCCUCAGCCCCGGCCCUACCUGCAGAAAGCCGCUCCCACAGCCCGGCAGUGGGACGGCGAGCCGGUGCGGCACUCCCGGCUCAACUCGGAGCACUUCCCACGGCCCACGCACAACAUCCGCAACAUCAUCCGGCAGUGCCAGCCCGCCCCGCGCGGCGCACAGCCCCCCAGCAAGCUCUUUGGGAAGAAGCUGGACCCCCACGAGGAAGCCAUGCAGAUCCUGAAGGAGCAGCUCUCGGCAGCCCAGGUGCCCGCGGCCGUGGGACCCUCGGAGGCGGUGGCCGCGGUGAAACCGGUCACGGGUGGCGGGUACCAGCCGCGAGCGCCGACGGGGAGACCAGCGGCCACCCGGCCCCCAGUCUCCGUGUCCCGGGAGCUCCCCUCCGAGGCGCAGCAGGUCCAGACCCAGCUCCACCGCAGCUGCAGCGAGGACUUCUACACCUACCGCAACGUGCCGUGGAAAAUGUACAUCCGCAAGGAGGUUUUCUACCCCAAGGACAGCUUCAACAACCCGCUGCUGCUGGACCUCAUCUUCCGCCAGAUCUUCACCGACACGCUCUCCGACACCUGCAUCCGCAUCAGCCCCGAGGAGCGGCUGCGCAUGAAGUCCCUCUUCGCGGAAAACAAGCUGGACUCCUUCAGCCCCGUGGCCACCGAGAGCGUCAAGAAGGAGAUCGUGGCUGCCGCCCGGGACGGCUGCGAGGUGUAUUUCUCACGGCUCUUCCCCGCCACGGGCAGCGUGGGCACGGGGGUGCAGAUCCUGGCCGUGUCCCACGCCGGCAUCAAGCUGCUGCGGCUGGUGAAGGGCACCAACGUGCCCGGGGAGCAGCUGCGGGUGCUGCGGGCGUACGGCUACGCCGAUGUGCUCUUCGUGACCACCCCGUCCAGGAACAUGCUGGAGUUCAACCUGAGCAGCGAGAAGCUCAUCCUCUUCUCCCCCAAGGCCCCCCAGGUCAAGGCCAUGGUGGACCAGUUCAUCACGGAGCUCAGGAAGGACUCGCAGUACGUGGUGGCCGUCAGGAACUACAGCCCGGAGGACGGCGCCCAGCUCAGCUUCCACAAGGGGGACAUCAUCCACCUGCAGCCGCUGGAGCGCCCCGAGCGAGACCAGUACUACGGCUGCGUGGUCCGCAAGAAGGUGAUGUACCUGGAGGAGAUGAAGACGGGCACCCAGGAUUUUGGGUGGAAGUUCGGGGCCAUCCAUGGCAGGUCGGGGCUCUUCCCGGCCGAGUACGUCCAGCCCGUCGCCGCCCCCGACUUCGUCCACUUGCCGGCGGAGAGGAAAGAGGAGCCCCGGGACAAGCAGGGCAGGGUGGCAGCCUCGGGGGCCGUGGCCGUGGCCGUGGCUUCCACUGCUGUGGCCCAGGAGCUGGACCGCAGGACCGAGGUGGGUGCUGCCGUGUCUCCUGCCUUCCCCGGGGGUUCGGAGGGUGACGGAGGUGACCAGCUUGGGGACAUCGUGGGGACCUGCCCCAUGCUGGCCUUCGCCAGGCGCUAUUUCCGCGCGGCACGGCACGGGACCGCGGAGUCCUGCGGGAUGAAGGCUAAAAAGGAAGGGCCCGACGGGAUGGAGAUGCUGAGGUUCACCAAGGUCCCCAUCCAGGAAUCGCUCAUCGAGUUCACGGACGGCAGCAUCAGCAAGCUGGCCACCGAGGCUUUCCAAGCCGUGAUGAAGUUCAUGGGCGACCACCCUCCGAGGGGGCACACGGAGCUGGACAUCGUCUGCACCAUCCUCAAGCUGUGCGCGGAGCACGAGGUCCUGCGGGACGAGGUGUACUGCCAGAUUGUCAAGCAGGUCACCGACAACACCAGCUCCAAGCCGGACAGCUGCCAGAAGGGCUGGAGGCUGCUCUACAUCCUCACCGCCUACUACAAGUGCUCCGAGGUGCUCAGACCCUUCCUCCUGGCUUUCCUGCAGGGUGCCAGCGGGCGCCCGGAGCUCCCUUUCCAUGGGAUCUCCAAAGCCUGCGAGCAAAACUUAAGGAAAACCCUGCAGUUUGGUGGCCGCAGCCUGCUCCCCAGCAGCAUGGAGCUCAAAGCCAUGGUGGCUGGGCGCAGCGCCAAGCGGCAGCUCUUCCUCCUGCCCGGCGGCAUCGAGCGGCACCUCAAGAUCAAGACGUGCUCGGUGGCUCAGGACGUGAUCGAGGAGCUGUGCUGCGAGAUGGGGCUGCAGCGCCCGGAGGCUUUCGACGAGUACAUCCUCUUCGUGGUCACCGACAGAGGGCAGAACGUGCGGCCGCUGACCCGCCGGGAAUACAUCCUGGACGUGGCCACCGAGACGGAGCGCCUGGACGCCAGCUACACCUUCUGGUGCCGCCGCGUGGUCUGGAGCCAGCCCCUCAAGUUCGACAACGAGCUCUACGUCACCGUGCACUACAACCAGGUGCUCCCCGACUACCUCAAGGGGCUGUUCACCGUCCUGCCGCCUUCGAGGCUGGGAGAGCAGCACUUCCAGCAGGUGGCCAAGCUGGCCGCCCUCCAGCACCGCGCCAAGGAUGGCCACCGGCUCCCCACCGCGAGGGAGGUGCAGGACUACGUCCCCCCGCAGCUCUUCCACCUGCUGACGGCCCAGUCCUGGCUCCACAUGGUGACCCAGCACGCGCAGCAAGCCCAGGCGCUCAGCGCCCACCAGGCCAGGGCGCAGUUCCUGGGGCUGCUGAGCGCCUACCCCAUGUUCGGCUCGUCCUUCUUCUACAUCCAGAGCUGCAGCAACAACGCCAUCGUCUCGCCCUGCAUCCUGGCCGUCAACCAGAACGGCCUCAACUUCCUCAGCAAGGACACCCACGAGCCGGUGGCCAAGUUCUCGCUGAAGGAGAUCCAGGCCACGCGGACGCGGCGGCCGACGGCCGGCUCCAGCUACCCCUACGUGGAGAUCACGGUGGGGGAGCUGCUGGCGCAGGGCAUCACCCAGCUGCAGCUGGAGCAGGUAGGGGCACCCCCGGGGGGGGGGGCCCCCCCAAACUCCCUCAGCCCCUCGUGA